GGCUCGGCUCGGGGUGAGCUCACCGCCCCGCCCCGGCUGCCUCGGGGCAGGGGCGGCCGCGGUGGGCAACACGAGGCGGGGGAAACUGACACACUCGCCUCUCGCACACACAACACACGCAGACACGCACUACUAGAGGGAGGGAGGGAGAGGGAGAGGGAGAGGGAGAAGCGGAGGAGAACCUGACGUCGCCUUCGCCCCGCGGCCUGCUAGUGCUAGCUACUUAAAUCCCCUCGCCUUCCGCAAAUCGCCCAGCACAGCGCGGCCCGUAGGGGUGUGCUGCGGAAUUGCGAGGGAUUGGGGCCGGCGCGCGGGGAGGUUGGUUGGGGGCGUGCGGCGGGGGUGAGGAAUUGCAUGUGAGAUCCGAUGGCGGCAGCAGUAGCGGCGGCCGGCGGCGGCGGUGGAGGCGGAGGUGAUGGAGGCGGAGGGAAGGACGCGCUGUUCGUGGAGCUGUGGAGGGCGUGCGCGGGGCCGCUCUCGAGCGUGCCGCCGCUCGGGGAGAAGGUCUACUACUUCCCGCAGGGCCACAUCGAGCAGGUGGAGGCGUCGACGAACCAAGUCGCCGAGCAGCAGGGGACGCUGCUGUACAACCUGCCAUGGAAGAUCCCCUGCAAGCUCAUGAACAUGGAACUGAAGGCUGAGCCAGAUACUGAUGAGGUGUAUGCCCAGCUCACCCUGCUCCCUGAUAAGAAGCGAGAUGAGAAUACCUCUACAACGGCUGAGAAUGAGGAGGAGGUGUUGGUGCCUGAUGCGCCACCAGCUACGAAUGAGCAGCUUCGCAUCCAUUCCUUCUGCAAGACGCUGACUGCCUCAGACACAAGCACGCAUGGUGGAUUCUCAGUGUUGCGCCGGCACGCAGAUGAGUGCCUACCGCCACUGGAUAUGAGUCAGCAUCCGCCGAAUCAAGAGCUGGUGGCUAAAGACUUGCAUGGGGUUGAGUGGCGCUUCCGUCACAUCUUUCGAGGUCAGCCACGGAGACACCUUCUUCAGAGUGGUUGGAGUGUUUUUGUUAGUGCCAAACGUCUUGUUGCUGGGGAUGCCUUCAUAUUUCUUAGAGGUGAGAAUCGGGAGUUACGUGUUGGAGUUCGGCGUGCUCUGAGACACCAAACUACUAUUCCAUCUUCAGUCAUAUCAAGCCACAGUAUGCAUCUUGGUGUUCUUGCAACAGCAUGGCAUGCGGUGAACACUGGGAGUAUGUUCACUGUCUACUACAAGCCAAGGACUAGUCCAGCUGAAUUUGUGGUUUCGCGCAAUCGGUAUUUUGAAUCACUGAAACGAAAUUACUCAAUAGGGAUGAGAUUUAAGAUGAGAUUUGAAGGUGAAGAGUCGGCAGAGCAAAGAUUCACUGGCACAAUAGUUGGAAUAGGUGCUUCUGAUCCAUCUGGCUGGGCUGACUCAAAAUGGCGUUCCCUUAAGGUGAGAUGGGAUGAAGCUUCUUCUAUUCCUCGUCCUGAAAGAGUUUCUACUUGGCAAAUAGAACCUGCAGUUAGCACUCCUGUGAACCCUAUUCCAGCACUCAGAAUCAAGAGGUCUCGUCCAAAUGUUAAUGCUUCGUCAUCUGACUCGUCAGCUGUAAACAGAGAAGUUGCUUCUAAAGUCAUGUCAGGCUCUCAACAGAAUAGUCUCCCAAGGGCCAUGCACAGUCAAGGAAGUACAUCUUUGACAAGUCGAUUUGGAGAUAACAGUGAUUUAAAGACUGGUCAGGAUCUCACCAUGUGGUCUUCAGGAAUUGAUCAAGAGAGAAACAGUAUUGCUAACCAGACAAAGCUAAGUUUGGGGGGUUGGAUGCAGAAGAGAAGACCUGAAGGUUACAAUCAGAUGUUAUCAGGAUUUCAACCACUGAAAGAUGCACAGAAACCACAUUGUUCUUUUCCUAGUCAAAUAUCUGGAAACCGUUCAAAUACCUGGGACACAAUUGAUGCUCGUUAUCCAGUCCAACAAGCCAACCACAACAUGUUACCUGGCACAUGGUCUUUUAUGCCUCGGAACACUGGUUUUAGGAUGAAUCAACAGAAUUAUCUAGCCACGCCUGAUGCUGCACUUCCUCAAAGGGCUGAAAUUGCAAAAUUUAGUGGGAAUUCAGCUUUCACUUCGCUUCAGGGCCAUGGCAUUGAUCAGCGCUCCUCGGCCUGGUUUGGCCAUAUCGAGUCAUGUUCCCACAUGGAUCAUGCAUCGUCCAGUUUGAUCAAGGCCCGGCCUUUGGUUAUCGAUGAUGAUGUUCAGAAAACAAAAGGCACUGAAUUCAAGCUAUUUGGGAUUCCUCUUGGCAGCGCAGCAAAAUCUGAACCUAUGGUAUCCCCAUCAAGUGUUGCAUAUGAUGGGAAGCUUCAAACUUCUCCAUCUGAAAGAGGGAAUGAGCUGGACAUAAUCAAAGUGGAUAAUUGUUCUGAUCCUUCCAAGACUGUGAAGCCACUCGAUGGUCCUCAUUCGGAUUCUGUUAUGGAGAAUAAUCAGCCUUGUCCAGAAACUACCCAAAAUAUUCAAAACAAACUGCAAAAUGGUUCCACCCGAAGCUGCAAGAAGGUCCAUAAGCAAGGCAAUGCACUUGGCAGGUCGGUUGAUCUGACGAAGUUCACUUGCUACGGUGAGUUGAUUGCUGAACUGGAUCAGAUGUUUGACUUUGAUGGUGAGUUGAACAGUCCUCGCAAGGAUUGGUUGGUCGUCUACACUGACAACGAAGGUGACAUGAUGCUGGUUGGUGAUGAUCCCUGGAAUGAAUUCUGCAACAUGGUCCACAAGAUCUUCAUCUACACAAGGGAGGAGGUCGAAAGGAUGAAUCCAGGUGCCCUAAGUUCAAGGUCCGAAGAUAGCCCGUCUAAUUUGCUGGGAAGAGGAUUGGUUUCCAAAGAUCUCCAAGGUGGCCCGUUCACUUUGUCUCGCAAUUCUGAGAACUGCUAAUUUGUCCAUUUAGUGAGGUCGUUUGUUGUGGCGAGGGAGACAAAAGGCCACAUAUCCGUUGCAGGAGAGAGAGACUGUGAAUGAGAAAUAGAAGCUUGUAGAGGUGUAGUAGGUGCUUUGCAUGUCUGUCGGGUAAGCCCCGCAGUACCCUAUUUGUAGAUGGUGCUUGCCCUGGUGUCCGUUGCCUGUUCUAAGUUCGCUUAGUAUAAGUUUUGGGUGUGCUUUGUCGAGGUAAGUUUAUUGUAGCAGCAGAAAGCAAGCAGAACCGGUGGUGCGCUUGCUUGAUCCCUCCUCCCCUUUGCCUAAGCCGUGUAAAUAGUAGCUUUGCUCUCUAGCGUAGUAUAUUGUCGACAGCCGCAAUCGAUAUGGCACUUGAAGAAGGCGAGUUGACCCCUGUGGUUGCCUUUUGUGUUUGGUUGGGUAUGUGCAAGUGCCUGCGAUUGUCGAAUGUAUGUGUUCGUUGAUUUGCAUGCGAAUUCAUUCUCUUGUUGGUUUGGU